CAACACCCGGCACCGAUAUUGGACGCAGCAGGAAAUUAAUCCUUCCAGGAUGGAUCAUGCGGUGCAUGCGGCCCGCGGCCGGCCGUGGAACAAGCUGCGCUUCGAAAACAACGAACUGGAAAGUCUGUACCAGCGAUAUACGCUCAAGCUGCAGCGCUUCUCCGUCACCGGUGUGGUGGCGCUGGUGGUCAUCCUAUGCGGCGUUAUGGGUGGACUUAGUUUAGGCUACAAUCAAGCACCGACACUGCACAAUGUAUUCAACACCUUCAUGUGUUUACUGUUUACGGUGGUGCUGGGACUGUUGCAGUUUCGGCUGAUUCGCGAUUCACACCUGCCGUACCUGUGCUAUGGCAUCCUGUUCUUUACCGCCGCCUUCUGCUUCAUCUCGAUGCCGACGGUCGGCAUCGUGUUCCCGGUGGAUACACGCGAGGUAAUGGCGGAAGGCGUCUGGCAGAUUGUGUUUGUGAUCUUCCUUUCGUACGCAAUGAUGCCACUGCAAAUAUGGGAGGCCGCACUGUUCGGUCUCAUACUGCCUUCGAUACACAUCGGUCUUACCGGGUAUAACAUCUAUACGGGCAACUUCCAGUAUCUCGCUUACCAGCAGUUGGCGGCCAAUAUGGUAAUCUUCAUGGGAGUAAAUGUGGCCGGUUUCGUGGUGAACGUAAUGAUGGAACGCGCCCAACGCCGUGCGUUCCUAGACACGCGCAACUGUAUCGCGGCCCGGCUCGAGAUGGAGGAUGAGAAUGAGAAGCUGGAACGGUUGCUGCUCUCCGUACUGCCGCAGCAUGUCGCGAUGGAGAUGAAGAACGACAUCCUGUCACCGGUCGAGGGACAGUUUCACAAAAUCUACAUCCAGAAGCACGAGAACGUUAGCAUCCUGUUUGCGGACAUUGUCGGCUUUACCGUGCUGGCGUCACAGUGCAGCGCGCAGGAGCUGGUGCGUCUGCUCAACGAGCUGUUUGGGCGCUUUGAUCAGCUCGCGCAUGAUAACCAUUGCCUGCGCAUAAAGAUCCUUGGCGAUUGCUAUUACUGUGUGUCGGGCAUACCGGAUCCGCGGGCCGACCAUGCACGGUGCGCUGUCGAGAUGGGGCUGGAUAUGAUCGAUGCGAUCGCAUCGGUGGUGGAGCAGACGGACGUGAUACUGAACAUGCGCGUCGGCAUCCAUUCGGGCCGGGUGCUUUGCGGGGUGCUUGGGCUGAGGAAGUGGCAGUUCGACGUAUGGUCCAACGAUGUAACGCUCGCGAACCAUAUGGAGAGUGGUGGCGAACCUGGCCGGGUGCAUGUGACACGCGCCACACUGGAUGCGCUCGGUGGAGAGUACGAGGUGGAAGCCGGCCAUGGUGACACCCGUGAUUCGUACCUGCGGGACAAUGAGAUCGAUACGUACUUUAUCGUUCCACCUGCCCAUCGACGGAAGCCACUGAUGCUCAACACGCUUGGUGUUCGUUCCGCACUUGGGGCCGCCAACCGGCGCAAACUUUCCUUCCGUAACGUUUCCAACGUGGUGGUACAGCUGCUGCACACGAUCAAGUACUCGGUGCCGGUACCGUUUUCCCACAUGGCUACGGGAGGCGCCGGUUCACCGUAUCCAAGCACCAGCGGCGGUGCUGGUAGUAGCAGUGGUGGUCCAGGAUGUAGUGGAGCGGGUGGUUCAAGCGGUACCGGCGGUGGUCUCUUUCUGGACAAGAAUGCGCGCAAGGAUCCGGUUCUCCACUUGCAGCGCAUCCUGCACGCUAGCCCGUAUCCUGCCGUCGCCAGGGCGGGUUUCGCUGGCGUUGGUAGUGGUGCCGGCGUCGGAGGUAAUACCGGCACCGUCGAUUCCAGGGUUUCGCUCUACGAGUCGGAGUUGAGUGCAACAAACAACAAGGUGACGGACAAAUUUAAGCGCCCGUUCAAAAAGCGCCAUUCGAGCGUUUACCAUCAGCCGACGAACCGCGUCAACAAGUUCCUGUCGCAGGCGAUCGAGGCACGCAGCGUCGACCGGGAAAAGUCGGUACACGUGAAGCGCAUUUCGCUGCAGUUCCGGGAGAAGGAAAAGGAACGUCAGUACCAUCAGGACUUUGAUCUUGGCUUCACAACAGCGAUGGGUUGCAGUCUGCUGCUGCUAAUACUCAGUGCCGGAUUGCAGAUAUCGGCACUACCGCGCACGCUUAUUCUGCUACUAUUGUUCCUAACGGCGUUCGUGUGGAUCAGCGCCAUCCUGAUGCUGCUGCUCGCGGUGCGACUGAAGUGGAUCUUUUGGGACUUAUCGCAAAGCUUCUCACUGCGACUGGCCAUCACCAUUUUCACCAUCGUGCUGCUCUACUCCGUCGGUCAGGUGAACGUGUUCACCUGCCUGUCAGAUCAUCCGUGCACGACAAACUUCACCACUAAAAGCAUCCCCAGUGUGGAAUCGCUUGGACCGGCGGGAUCGAGCGAUAUUCUCAUGAGCGCGGGAGAGUUGCACCGGAACGAGCCGAACCUUUGGACCGGCCAGCAUCAACCGCUCAAUAAUUACAGCCAUCGGAAGUGUGCCCUUCCACAGUAUAUCGCCUUAUCGGCUGCUUAUUCGUUCCUUUCCGUCUCGAUCUUUCUGCGAUUGCCGAUACUGAUCAAGACGGUCCUGGUAACGCUGAUGGGGCUGGUUUACUGUUUGUUCAUCGAGCUAUCACAUGCGAACAUCUUCGACUGUUACGAUCAGCGCGUUGAAUCGGCGAUUCCGCUGCACACGAUCUCGGUGGCACGCAUUCUGAUCUUCAUGAUCGCCAUCCUGGCACAUGGGCGGCAGGUCGAGUGGACGGCACGGUUAGAUUUCCUCUGGCAGCUUCAGGCGUCGCAGGAAAAGAAGGAAAUGUCUGUACUGCAGCAAUCGAACCGACGGAUACUGUACAAUCUGCUACCGUCGCACGUAGCCGCACACUUCCUCGACAAUCAGUUCGCCCGAAGCAACAUGGCAACCAUGCGACAGGAUUUGUAUCACCAAAGCUACAGCAAGGUGGGUGUGAUCUUCUGCAGCGUGCCGAAUUUCCACGAGUUCUACACCGAGCUGGACGGCUCCAACCAGGGCGUGGAGUGUUUGCGACUGCUGAACGAAAUCAUUGCCGACUUCGAUGAGCUGCUGUGCGAGGAACGGUUCCAUGCAAUCGAUAAGAUUAAAACGGUCGGCAGCACGUAUAUGGCGGCUGUUGGGCUCAUCCCGGAGCAUAAGAUGCUACCAACAGAGCCGGGCUCGAUGCGACGCCUCAUGACAGCGCUGAUCGAUUUCGUCAAAGCAAUGCGGGUCACGCUCAAGAACAUUAACGAGAAUUCGUACAACAACUUUAUGCUGCGGGUUGGCGUUAAUGUGGGCCCGGUUGUGGCGGGUGUUAUCGGUGCGCGGAAGCCGCAGUAUGAUAUCUGGGGUAAUACGGUGAAUGUGGCGUCUCGUAUGGAUUCGACCGGCAUUCCAGGUUACACGCAGGUCACGCAAGAGGUCGUCGAUAGUUUGCAGGGCUCACACUUUGAGUUUCGCUGCCGUGGACAGAUUAAGGUGAAGGGUAAGGGCGAUAUGGUGACGUACUUCCUGUGCGAACAGAACGAGCAGCAUCUGUUUGCUGCCGGGCUCGGUACGAAUGGUAUGGCGAGUGGUGCCGCUAGUAUCGUACAGCAAUCGGUUGAUGCGGUCGGGUCGACGGCCGUGCUAGCAAUGGUCGGUGCCACGGGCAAUGGUACGGGAGACACUGGUGGAAGCAUUGGUGGUACCGGUAAUGCGUCGCUAGGGCGUGAUCGAGCUGGAGCAGUCGCACUGCAUCAACAGUAUAUGAUGGGUCCGAAUGGGAAUAUGCCCGGGCUAGUGCAGCAACAACAGCAGCAACAGCAGGGACCAAACUAUCAGAUGAAGCAACGUUUGGAGUUGGAAACAGCAUCAGGAAAGAACGGACGUUGGCAACACGAUGGAAGCUACAGCAGCAAGAAGGAAAGUUACAACUUCCUAGAAAGCCCCAACCUGCUUCAUCAACAACAGCAACAACAGCAGCAGCAACAGCAACAGCAGCAGCAGCAACAACAACAAAUGGCUCAAAAUCAACAGCUUCAGAUGAAACACCUGCAUAAUCAGGGGCAUGUGUCGAAGAAUGCAAUGCAAUCGUUCCACUACCCACAAGCGUAUUCAAACCCCGCCCAACCACAGCAACAUCAGCAUCAAGCAAAGGGUGUUUACAAGCAGCACAACAACAUCAACAACAAUCACAUCAUGAGUAGCGGUUUUCAUGGUAUGGAAAACUAUGGCAAGCGUAACUACGACUAUCACCAUCACGGACAGCCACAGCACAAGCAGCAGCAGGAUCAGGCAGUGACCGGUGGGCAUGGUGUACAGCUGCCCACGGCAAGCUACAACAUACGCGAGAACUUUAACAUAAUUGAGAAUCCGAACGUAACCGACCUGGAUGAGAACAACUUUAACCACCAUCAGCAACUUUUGGGACGGGAUCAUCUGAACAACGGGCACAAGAUAAGGAAUCAUCACCAUCACCAUCACCAUCAUGGUGGUCAGCAGCAACAGCAGCAAGAACAUCACGGUCAGGUAGCUAGUCACAAUCCGAACAAUCGUGGUGUAUAUGCGACCGCGUCCGAGAAUGAACCGCUGCUCGGUUCGGCUUCCGGUGCGAGCGGUAUCAUUGGCAAUGCGGUUAUCAAACCUAUCCAGCAGAUUCAACAGCAACAGCAGCAUCCGCAACAGUUACCCAUGUACGAACCGCCACGAUACGCCACAACCUCAUCCGUGUUUCCGCAUGCGAUUUCUGGUGCUCAAGGAUACGCUUACGGUAUGGUGCGUCAUCAGCAGAGCCAGCAACAGCAGCAGCCGCAUCAUCAUCACAGCAAGCAGCAAUCUUAUAAUCAUCAACCGAUGCAGCAACAGCAGCAAUACGGUGGUGGUCACCACAAUCAUCAUCAUCACAACCAUCAUCACCAGCAGCAGCAACAACAGCAGCGGCAACAAUCAGCAGCUGUAUUGAAGCAGUACAUUAAACCACUACCGAAGUUACCGACGGAGUUCGACGAAUGCCGUGAGCUAUCAUCAACGGAUGAUCUCAGUUCACGGCCACACUCACCAUCGGUGAGUUCGUCCGACGAGAGCUACUCGAAGACGACGGAGGGUGAAGACUUUGACGGUGAGCCACACUCACCGUUGCCGGUCCCUUCCGUCUUCAAUCCCGGUGCGAACGUUGGCAACCCACUCCAAUACCUGUACCCCUGUGACAUUCAGGUCGACCCGACCUCACCACCGAAAAUGAGCCCCAUCGACUUUGGCAACAUGCACGAUUUCGAGGUGACCAGUACGACGGCGGAAACGAAAUCAUCAUCCCCCCACAACAAGGGUGAAUCGUGCAGCAGUUUCGAGUAUCACGAGAAAGGUCCCGCCUAUCCGAAAUCACCCUUCGAACGUGAGCUGCAGCGGCGCAUGAACGAAUCCCAGUCGCGGCCCAUGCUCGCACAGGUGUCCGUUGUUAGUGGUGGUGGCGAUGGACAGAAUACCUCGAGUGGGGGUGAAACGGGCCGCGAGGAGAACCAACCCACCGGUGUAAAGGGUGCUAACGGUAAUGGGUUCGAGCAACAGCAGCAGCAGCAACCGAACCACGACGGUUCUCUUGAGCGAGUGAGGAAUGUAAACAAUAUUCUCAUCGCCAAGCAUCCCGGCACACUGGAAGCGAUCAAGGAGGCAACGCGCAAUAAAAAUCCCUCAGAAUCGAGUCAUCUACAAACUUCCGAUACGGAAUCGUGUGAGAUUAUCCAUGAUUAUCGCAAGAGCGAUCUUAAGGGUCGAAUGCAACAGUCGCUUCCGUACCAGCAGCAACAGCUUAACCAAAUGCAGCAGCAACACCAUCGGCAUCGGAAGUAUCACGCAACAAAGUCGACAAACGAAACUUCCUCCAACAUCGAGGCGGAUGAGGAUAUGCGCAGUGUGAGUGACCACCACUACCGGCGGCGUGAGCGUGAGCUGGAUCGAGCGGACGGUCGGCAGCACGAUGAUGAGGAGGAAGACGAGGAUGAGGACGAUGUCGAUGAGGAGGGCCAAGAGGAGGAUGACGAGGAUGAUGAUGAGGACGAUGACGAGGAGGAGGAUGAUGAUGAUGACGAGGAACGUCGAUUGCGGGCGAAUCGACAGCCGCGGGCACAUGAGCGGCGGGAACGCUGCAUGAGCAACUCGGAAGGUACUGGUUCCGCGAAUCGCAACUACAUUACCGACGAGCUGAAGUAUGGCGCACCGGUAGAGCGUGAGGGUAGUGGUGGACGUGACAACAACAGCUCCACGCAUCACAACCAUCAAUCGCUCGAUUCGAAUCCGGUCGAAAGUCAAUCCGAGUGGAGUGAUGAUGAAUGCCGGGAGGAAGCGACAGGUGGAGCGGAGAGUACCGGCUACAUUACCGACGAGCCGGGGCUGGAAAACAUAUCCCUGCUAAACGAGGCCGGUUUAACGGACGCGGAAGGUGCACUGUCGGAUGUGAACUCACUGUACAACGCGCCGGAUGUAGACGAUACGUCCAUCUCAUCCCGUGCGAGCAGUCGCCUGCUCAGCCUAGACUCGCUCAGCGGUCUGUACGAUUGUGAUCUCGACUCCCGACACGAGAUGGCGAUCGUGAGUGCGUCGCACAAAAUCACCAACAAGUUUGGCCCGAUCGGAUGA